AUGGGAAACCAGCAAUCAUACUUUGAUACUUUAAUUCAUGGAAAUGAAUGUGGUCAUAACCAUCGUAGAACACAUCGGUCGACGGGCAGUACAUCAUCGUUAAAUUCAGCCUUUCACCACUCCUCGAAUUCCCGUCAUUACAAUCCAAAGGAUUGUUGCGCUGUUUGGAAAGCAAUUAAGUCGAUAUUAGGAAUUUGGACGACGGGAAAUAAAGAAAUUGAUGAGAUUAUAAAAGAAACUCAACGUUUAGCCUCAAAACGUCGUAAACCAUGGAAAUGGAUCCCUUAUGAAAGAUUUGAGGAUGUUAAACUGUUGGCAAAAGGUGGUUACGGUCAUGUAUAUUCCGCCAUGUGUACCGAAAAAGAAGUAUACGGUCGACUACGAACGCAAAUAAAGUUUGAACAUUCUGGUGGUCUUAUACGGAUAUACGGAAUAACCAAAGAUCCCGUAACGAAUAAUUACAUGCUGGUCAUGAAAUAUGCCAAAUGUAACCUUCGUCAAUAUGUGAACAAAUAUUUUACUACCUUUUCACUCUCAAAUAAAAUUGAGUUAUUGGUUCCAAUUUCGGAUGGACUUCGAAAGAUUCAUCAAGCAAAAUUAAUUCACGGAAAUUUUCAUCCGGGAAAUAUCUUACAAACGAUCAUUCCAAUGGAGAAAAAUUACACCCCGAAAUCUUGGAGUUGUAUAAGUGAUUUGGGUUUACAUGGGCCCGCUUCGAAUGUACCGAGGAAGAUCCUUACCGAAAAGACUGAAUUCGUUGAAGAACCUCUUGAUGAUUACACCGAUGAGGAUAACCUGAUUCCCGAAAAACAAAAAAAAGAUUUCUUUUCAUCACCAGAAAUAUCAUCUUCAGACAUGCCUCAAAGAGUGAAGAAAUUAAUAACGAGUUGUUGGGAUUCUAAACCAGAAAAUCGACCAUCUGCUCAAGAAUUACAUAACAUGAUAAGGGGAUGGUAUUGGAGGUUGGAUCCCGAAAUGAAAUCCUUAAUGAUAGCCGAUGACGAAGCAUUUAGAGGAACACGUAGUUCGACACCAGUUAGCGUCAAGGAUAGUGGAUAUUCAACUCCUCCAACUCCAGGAUCUCCGAUAUCAUCCUGCUGCUACCCACAAACUCCGUUCACAACCCCACUUAUCAACACGAGCAUUUCAAGUUCAUAUUCGGACAAUUUUAAUUCUCCCACAUCGAUGUCAACCAUGAACUCGUGGAAUCUUAAUGGUUAUAAAGUACAUCCCGAAGCCGUUUACACUUCUCGCCUACUAGAAUACGACAAUCUACCGAACAUUUCUUGGUAUGAAUAA